AUGACAAUGGAGAAUGGCAACUCAAUAUCGUUCAUACCAAUGAUAUGCACUCAAGUACACCGGCGUAUCACUGGUUUAACCAGUGAAUUUCACUGGUUCAACCAGUUCGAAGAAAUAUCAGCAUCGGCAACCCCAUGCAGUCCUAAACAGAAAAAAAAGAAUAACUGUUAUGGUGGGUUUGCAAGAAUAUCUACUUUGGUUAAACAAGCAAGAAAAUCAUCGACUCCAACUUUAUUUUUGAACGCCGGAGAUACUUACUUUGGGUCGACGUGGUUCGGUUACUAUGAAUGGAAAAUAGUUGCCAAGUUUUUAAAUAUUUUGAAGCCUGAUGCUAUUUCAUUAGGAAAUCAUGAAUUUGAUUUAGCGCCAAAAGGAUUAAUACCUUUUAUAAAUAACGUGACAUUCCCAGUGGUAACAUGCAAUUUAGACCUCACAAAACAGCAAGAUUUAGCGGUACCAAAUCUUAAAAAUUUUACAAUUAUCGAGAAAAAUGGAAGAAAAAUAGGAAUAAUUGGUUACUUGACCAAAGAAACGGAAACGAUAUCAAGGAUUGGGGAAGUCGUUAUUUUGGACGAAAUAGAGUCAAUAAGAGAUCAAGUAAAAAUAUUGAAACAAAAAGGCGUCAAUAUAAUAAUAGCGCUCGGCCAUUCAGGUUAUGAACGCGAUAAGGAAAUAGCGAAAGCCGUUGAUGGUUUGGAUCUCGUUAUUGGCGGCCACACAAACACAUUUCUGUAUAAUGGGACUGCGCCGGAUCAAGAAGUACCUGAAGGACUUUAUCCAACGACGGUCGUACAGAAUAAUGGACGCAAGGUUUACAUCGUUCAAGCUUUUGCGUACACUAAAUAUUUGGGUAAUUUGUCAAUUGUUUUUGAUUCUGAGGGUGAAAUAAAACAGAUUGAAGGUAAUCCUAUUCUGGUAAAUCACGAAAUUGACAUGGACCAGAAUGUUGUUAAGCAAUUAAACGAUAUGAAACAACCUAUUGUUGAUCUUAUGAGUAAAGAAGUUGGCAAAACGAAAGUUAAAUUAGAAGGGGGAAAAUUACCCUGUCGAGUACGGGAAUGUAAUUUGGGGAAUCUUAUUACCGAUUCAAUGGUUCAAUACAAUACUGGGGUAUACGGAGGUAGCGAUGGAUGGACGGACGCCGCAGUCGCUAUUUUCAAUAGUGGCGCGAUAAAAGCUUCUAUUGAUAAAUCACACCAAAUAACAUCGAAUGAUAUUUAUUCCGUUUUGGCAAAUUAUGAUGUCAUUGGAAAAAUAACUAUUACUGGAAAACAAUUACUGGAAGUUUUAGAAUUUAGUGUCGCAUCUUUGAAACCGGAUCAAGGUCCAGAUUCUUUAGGACGUUUCUUACAAGUCUCUGGACUAAAAAUUGUUUAUAAUUUAUUGCAACCGACUGGUUCAAAAGUCGUACGUGAUUCAACAUUAAUACGCUGCGCUGAUUGUGAUGUUCCAAAAUAUGAGAAAAUAAUAGAAGAUAAAAUAUAUAAAAUAAUAACUGUGGAAUUUCUACACACAGGUGGCGACGGUUUUGAAAUGUUAAAAAAUUUACCAUGGCAGUCUGAUGUAUCGGGAGUAACAACUCGUUAUGCGUUAGUCAAAUAUAUUGAGAAGAAUUCAAUUGUUUAUCCAUAUAUAGAAGAUAGAAUUCAGUUCAUUAUUGAACAGAAGACUGAUGAUUCUACUAAUGAUGGCCAUACUUACAGUAUAGAUAUUAGGGUGUCCGUUAUUUCCCAAGUUGUUAUUUUUUUUUACUGCCGCCCCCUGAACUUUUAUUGUCCAAGUGGUCGAGGUAAUGAGAGUCACGACACAAAACACGACAAGCCUCGUCAGCUGUCUUAUUUUUCCGUAGGGUGUUCGACAAAAUUAAAACGUUGGUCCAAAUCUUUAGGGAUAAAUUUAAAAAUCACAGAUUACAUUUGUCAGUUACAUUUUAAGAAAGAACACAUUAAGGAUUGUGAUCUACUAAAAAUUAGGGAUAUUAUACAUUUUUCUGAUCGACCGAGAAAAUAUCUACUGGACGACGCUCUACCAACCAUCGAACAUCAAUCGAUAGUUGACGACGAACAGCAACAGCCUGUGCAAAUACCAGCGGAUGUAGAUGUUCAGGAGCAAUCAAGUCAUUGCGAUUAUUUAGAAGAGCGGCAAAAAAAUCCACAAGAUACCGAUGAAAAUCAUCGAGAACAAAUAUAUGAACAAACGAGAGAAGAAUUUUCAAAUUCUUUGAAAGAAUUAGCAGAUAGUAUUAUAAGUAGUUAUGUACUGCCAAAAAAUUGGUAUUUUUCAAUGAAUCCACACGGAAUUCACUGUGUUCGCUUUGACCCUGUGAAAAUGCGGAAAACAAAUGAAUUACGUAUAAACAAUAAUAUGUCUGUUACUAUAAUUUGCUCGAAUAACCAAGAAGAGAAUAUCAAUGAAAAAUUAACAUCAAUUGAUGAGCUUCAUAAUUACUUGAAGCAUGUGGAAAAGUGGCCUUUGUGUGUUGGUACUCAGAUGGAAAAAUCGAAAUAUUCGCCGGAAUGCAAAGGAGUAGUUUUUGAUGCAAAUUACUGGACUGAUAUAGCGAAAGACGAAUUAGAAAAAUCGUUGUCAUACUCGUGGAAUAAAAAUAUUGCGAAAAACGUAAUAUUAUUUAUUGGCGAUGGCAUGAGUAUCGAUACGAUAACGGCAAGUAGAAUUUACCAUAAUGGAGAGACAAGUUAUCUUGCAUGGGAAAAAUUACCUCAUGUUGGUUUAUUGAAGACUUACAAUACUAAUAAAAAAGUAUCGGAUUCAGCGUCGACGGCAACAGCGCUUUUUAGCGGCGUCAAAACGAACUACAAUGUAGUUGGUGUCGAUAAUAAUGUAGCUCUGAAUGACUGCGAAAGUAGUUUGCGUUCAGAGUAUCAGGCCCAAUCGAUUCUCGAAUGGGCGCAAAAGGCUGGAAAGGAUACUGGUUUUGUAACGACGACAAGAGUAACACAUGCGACACCGGCUCCUUUGUACGCUCACUCACCGAAUCGUAAUUGGGAAUGUGAAAACAAAAUCCCAGUUGGAGCUAGAAAAUGCAAAGACAUUGCGCGUCAAUUGAUUGAAGAUGAUCCGGGAAGAAACAUAAAAGUUAUUAUGGGCGGUGGGCGCCAGAUGCUUAAAUCUAACGUAACGGGAACUAAAAUAGACCCUAUUGAUACGUGGGCAUGUUACAGUAGCGAUGGGCGAAAUUUAAUAGAGGAUUGGGCGCGAGAUAAGGCUCUGAAAAAGGCCAGGCACCAGAUUGUCCAAAAUAACAAGCAAUUGAGGGCCGUAGAUCCUGAUGAUGUAGAUUUUCUGAUGGGGAUCUUUGCCAAUGGACAUUUGAAUAUGGACUGGGAGAGAGUUGAUGGCCCAGAAGGGCAGCCUAGUCUCGAAGAGAUGACCACAAUGGCAAUUAAGGUGCUGCGGAAGGCGCCCAAGGGUUUUUUGUUAGUGGUUGAAGGUGGACUAAUUGAUUUCGCUCAUCACCGCGGGCAUGCUGCUCAAGCACUCCGUGAAACUGUCAGAUUAUCGGAUGCUAUCAAUGCCACUUUACAGAUGGUCGAUUUAGAUGACACUCUGGUGAUCGUUACUAGUGAUCAUUCGCAUUCCAUGGCCUUCAAUGGGUACGCUGAUAGAAAUUCUUCAAUUUUAGGCAUCGCUCAGAAAUCAAAAUACGACGGAAUACCGUACACUUCAUUGUCUUACAGUACAGGAGGACCUAAUAAUAUGGCCUACGAAAUAAAAAACGGCACAGCAACUCGAAUAGAUCCCAGUAAUUACAAUACAUCAGAUUAUAAGUACAGCCAACAAGCAGCUUUCAUUAGCGACGAAGCUUAUCAUGGCGGCGGCGAUGUUCCGAUUUAUGCUAUAGGACCUUACGCACAUUUGUUUCAUUCAACACACGAACAAAAUUACGUUGCACACGUAAUUGGCUAUGCGGCGCAAAUUGGACCGUACGCCAAUGCUGCUAAUCAGCUAAACCGGAAGUGGAUUGUGAUAAUUACAUGUUCUAUCAUAUAUGUAGUAUACUAUUGCUCAAAUAUAUAUUUCUGAUGCUAUCAGCGAGGAAAUAUUGUAGAAUAUAGCUUAUCUGUGCUCAUUUGAUCUUUGAUUUUUUAUCGAGAUAAUACUUAAAAAUCGCGACUAAUCGCAAUCAAGUAUUUUUUUUUUUUUCUAUCUUCAGUAUUUUUUCUUUCUCUCAGUUAAACUUCGCAAAAAUACCAGUAAAAGUGUUGGAAAUGACUAAUCAUAAAAAUAAGCAAAAGAAGUCUUGGUAACACAGAGGUGUCAAGUGACAUAAUCGCACGAAUAAAGUAAACAUUGAUAAACUUUAUUUUAUCAGUAUUUUUU